UUCGUAAUGCAACUGCAAUUAUACGAGUACUUUUUCGUCAUUUUCUAUUUUUAUUUUUCUGUUUUUUCUUUUUAUUUUUUAUUUUUUUUCGUCGUCGUCCAUCUCGUCCUGAGUUCUGACUGUGCUGCAGAGGCUCUGCGGUGAGAGAGAGAGAGAGAGAGAGAGAAAGAGAAAGAGAGAAUAAAAAAGUUUGACGCUGGAGAGCUUGAACCCUAGAAGCUGAUUUAUUUUUAUUUUUAUUUUUUGUUUAUGGAUAAUCUAUCGCAUUCUAGGCAGCCGAACAGAGGGGCAGUGACGCUGUCGAAGAAAAUAUGUAACAAUGGUGGUGGUGGUGGUGGUGGUGUUGGCUUUGCAGUGGGUAAGUCUCUUUACGACGACGUUUACGGAGGUCCUCCGAAGUUCGGCGUGUCAACACUCUCGCCUCGCAUGGAGGACUACAGUGAGAUUUUUGGGGCAUUUCACGCCUCCCGUGGUUCGGCGAUUCCAGUGCUGGAUCUUCCGGCGGUCGAUGAAACCGAGGUCUUCUUUGAUGUAAGGAGCUCCGGCUUUGACUACGACGAGAUUUUCGGCGGGUUUGAUGGUAUAGAUUUCGCUAUUUCGUAUGAGGACUUGGUUGACCAACCCAACCGCCGGGACGAUGAUUCUUCUGAAGAAGCUUGGUCUGCUGCAGAAUCUGAAUCUCUGUCGGGGGAGUCAGAUCUUUCUGGCAAGGAUCAAUGGUUUUCAAAUGGAAGUCCUAACCAUGAUGAUGCCUGUACAGAGUUCAGCAUAUCCUAUCACAAAGCUAAUCAAAGAAACAAUGAAGAUAAGUUGAAUGGGAUGGCACACGUGACUCAACUGCAUGCUGUUCGUGGAUUCACUUGUGUGGUCGAUGAAAUUACAACCUCUCAACAGACAGCAGAUGAGAAUCCUACCUUAAAGGUGGCUGAUGAUAAGAAUCUCAAUCUGGAUUUUGGUUUGGAAAUGCAGAAGGAAAAGCAUCUAAGAAAAUCUAUGCCAAACCCACUUAAUGGUUAUGCUCGUGGACAGGCAUUUGAAAAUGAACUUAUACUACAAGGAGCAGAUGGAAGAAAUGGUUCUUCUAACAAAGAGGCAUUUGUACGUGUAGCCGAAAUCAGCCUUAGAACUCAGCCAUCUCAAGUGCCACCGCCCUCUCGACCACCACCUGUUGUAGAAGGUAAAAAGGGAGAUCCCAGUAAAUUUGUUUCAAAUUAUGACGCGCUUUCGUCUGAAGGAACCUCAGGUUGCAGUUCACCAUCUUUCUUUGAUGUAGAGAUAGAUGCUAGUUCAUCUGCUGCUGCCUCUGCUGCAGCAAUUAAAGAAGCAAUGGAGAAAGCUCAAGCAAAACUGAGAAGUGCAAAAGAAUUAAUGGAGAAGAAAAAAGAUAGUUCUCAAAGUAGUGUUAAAUUGGCUUCAAAGAAAGAUAUUAAAGAGAAGGAAGGAAAGGUGAGUAAGACAGUUGAUGAAUCCAAUAGAAUAAAACAUGAGAAAGUGAAGGGCAAUUGUGAAAGAGAUGAUGGAGGAAAAACUUCACUGGUGAGGGAGGAAAGGCCAAAGGUUAGGAAGACAGCCCAGGAAGCUUCAGGAUUCCUAGAAGGAGAACAACCUUCAAAUGCUUCUCUAAAAUUUGUAAAAGAGAAGCUGGGGAAGGAAUCCGGGUCAUCUAAGGUGUCUUCUAAAAUUGAUGAAGCCAGUGAAUGGAAAGAAGCAACACAAUUUUUUGAAUUGGUAACAACAGAUGAAUCAAGGAAGGCUUUUGAGCAGGCAAAUGGUAAGAAGAUUUUGGUGCAAAAUACAAAACUUCAUGAGCACGGACCAAGGGAGAAGGCUGCCAUGGAAACAUUGGAACAGCAGUCAGAAAAUGAUAGGAAGGUAAAAGCAGUUAGAGAAAAUCAUGAGCUGAAGGAACUUGAGCAAAAAAAGAAAGUAGCAAAAGAACCUUGUGGGUGGGAAGAAAACAUUGCAAGAUUGCAAGCAGCUAAAGAGGCAGGCAAGCAAAAAGAUCAUGAGAAGAAGAUAAAAAUAACCCAAGAAAUUUGUAUAUUGGGAGAAAGUGAUAAGAGCUUUACAAUGGCUAAACAGCAUGCACAAACUAAGAAGAAGAUUGCUGGAACUGAUAAAUCAAAGAUAUACGAGGACCAGGUAGAGUUGAAAGAGAAAGAGAACCAGGUAGAGUUGAAAGAGAAAGAGACUAAGUUUAAAGGUGAGCAGGCUAUAAAGCACAAGAAGAAUGAGCGAAAACCGAUGGAAGCUGAUAAAUUGACUGAAAGUGAGAAUAGACUUGAGCAGUCAUGUGAAACUGUAGACAACAAAGAGAGGAAAAAGGAGGCAUUGGGGCAUGACGGAAAUGAGAAAAGGCUUAAAAAGUCAUUUGAACAAGCAUUAUAUGAGAAACAAGUUAAGACAGUUCACGAGCAGGAAGAAAACGAGAGGUUAAGGGAAGUUCUGGAGAAGGUGGAGAACGAGAAAAGGCUGAAAGAGGCUCUUCUACAGCAGGUGAAGGAGGAGAGUAUAAAGGAGGCUCUUGAACAGGAAAAAAAUAAAAGACAGAAAGAGAAUAGAAAAAAAGAAGAAAAUGAGAAGAGACUAAAAGAGGCUUACGAGAUGGAUGAUUAUGAGAAAAUACUGAAAUUUCCUCAUGGAAUGGAUGAUCUGAAGAAGAGUUUAAAGGCCUUUGAGAAAGAAGAUGACAAGAAAAGAUCCACAAAGGCCCCAGACGAAGAAGCGAGGCAAGAAAAAUUGCAAGAAGCAUUUAAGCAGGUAGAAAUUGAAAACCUCUCAAAGGAGACUGGUGAGUGUGAAGAGACUGAAGAGAUGCUUAAAGAUGCUAUUCACUUGGGGGACCUAAAGGGGCUAAACAAAAUACAUAAUGGAAUGAACAAGGACGAAAAUUGUAAGGAGGUAAAAUUAGCCAAAAAGGUUCAGGUGCUCAUGGAGGAGGAUCUUGGGCUUUCUGAUGAGGCAUGUGAGAAGCAUUAUACUAAAAACUUUCAAGCAACCCAAUUAGCUUCCAACAAUGAUAAAAUCACUGGAACAAUGAAGGCUCCUGAAGAGGCCUUUUCUUGUGGAGAAAAUAGAGAGAGGACUGAACCCAGUAAUAAUGAAAGGCUACAAGAAGUAGUUGAAAUGGAGACUCUGUCAGUUGAUAAAAAUUUGAAAGCUUCUACCACAGCGGAAGAGAAUUUGGAGCAUGAAGAGUAUCGAUUCAGGAUGGACAAUACCGAAGAGUCGCUUACUUCAGAUGACAGUGUGAAGAAAGGAACUGGAGAAAUGAACACUGGGCAUGAAGGCAGUGGUGGGGAAUCAGGAGCAUUUGAAGUGGCUGAUGUGCUGAUUGAUAAACUGCUGAAAGCAGCUUUUAUGGCCCAAGGAGACCUAGAACAAGGUAAGAACCAAUGUAUAGAGGAAGAUGCCUAUCAUUCACUUCCUGCUGAUGACAGUGUGAAGGCAGGAGAUGGAUCAGGUAUUGGACAACUAAAAACUGACAAAACUAAGGGUUUCCGUCAGGUUGACUUUAUUCCUGAAAAUCAAGAAAAGGAAUGUAAUCAUGGAUGGAAAGGGAAAGCAAAAAAUCUAAAGCAGGACCAAGAUGCCUUAAAUCAGGAAGGGAACAAGGACAAAGUCAUUCCAACUCCACUGGUAAAAGAGUGCCUUGAAAAUAAAAGUAAACCUGAAGCAACUCAGCCAGCUAUGGUAGAUGGAAAACAGAACAAUCAGAAAUCAUCUCAGCAUGUAGGUGCAAGCCAGACCACAGAGAGAAAAGAGAAGAAUGCUGAAGAACCCCUUAUGACUGGAGAGAAAGAAACUGAAAGGAUGAAAAGACAAAGAGAGCUAGAAGAUGAACGCCUCAGAAAGAUAGAGGAAGAGAAAGAGAGGGAGAGAGAAAGAGAAAAGGAUAGGAUGGCUGUUGACUUGGCAAAACUUGAAGCUCGUGAAAGAGCAUAUGCAGAAGCCCGUGAGAGGGCGGAGAGGGCUGCUGUGGAGAGGGCAACAGCUGAAGCUCGACAAAGAGCAAUGUCAGAGGCUCGUGAAAGAUUAGAGAAGGCAUGUGCAGAGGCCAGGGAGAAGUCAUUAUCAGGGAAAGCAGCUAUGGAGGCCAGGCUUAGAGCUGAGCGUGCUGCAGUAGAAAGAGCUACAGCAGAGGCUCGAGAGCGUGCCGCAGAGAAAGCAAUGGCAGAAAGGGCUGCUUAUGAGACAAGAGAGAGAGUACAAAGAUCUGUUUCAGACAAAUUCUCUGCUUCUUCCAGAAAUAAUGGCAUGAGGCAGAGCUCUUCAUCCUCUAAUCUACAAGACGUGCAGUUUCAGAGUACAGGGGGUCCAAUAUAUUCAUAUGCCUCAGUUUAUAGUGAGAGAUACGAAGGAGUUGAAGGUGAAUCAGCUCAAAGAUGUAGAGCUAGAUUAGAGAGACAUCGCAGAACAGCUGAUCGUGCGGCAAAAGCUCUUGCAGAGAAGAAUAUGCGUGAUCUUCUUGCUCAGAGAGAGCAAGCUGAGAGAAAUAGGAUAGCUGAAACUCUGGAUGCCGAUGUCAGGAGGUGGUCAAGUGGUAAAGAAGGGAACUUGCGUGCUCUACUUUCAACUUUGCAAUAUAUCCUUGGGCCCGAUAGUGGUUGGCAGCCAAUUCCCUUAACAGAAGUCAUAACCGCUGCUGCAGUAAAGAAAGCUUACAGGAAAGCAACACUUUGUGUUCAUCCUGACAAAUUACAACAACGUGGUGCAAAUAUUCAACAGAAGUACAUAUGUGAAAAAGUUUUUGAUCUUCUAAAGGAAGCUUGGAACAAAUUCAACUCGGAAGAGCGGUAGCGUUGGCUUUCUCGAACGUAUGCCAAGAUGCUGCACAUUAUAUAAUUUUUUUCGGCAUACCGCAAAUUAUGUAAUUUGAUAUGGCUAGUAAGUAUAUAUCAUCAUGCCCAUCAGAUAAAUGUAGUGAUCCAGUUAGUUCUAAAAAGCUCAAAAAAAAAAAAAAAAGAAAAAAGAAAAAGGUUAUGCAGCAAAUGAAGUAAAUGAAAGGUGCAUGGUUGAUUUUCAUUUAGAAAUUUGGAGCCACCAGCAGUAUUGUUCAGUAAAUUAUGAAAAGAAAGGAGAUGAAAAAUUCCUUAAAUAAAAGAGAAUUGACAA